UCUCACUUCCUCGAUUAUCUGCCGCUUUGGCUAGGGUUUUCGCAAUCUCUUCUCUCCGUUUUUCUCUCUCUUCUAAAACCAGUUUAAGCUUUUUACAUUAUUCCAAUGGAUUCUAAUCAAUAGGGAUUUAUAUGUUCGCAAUAAAUCCUUGCUAAAGCUUCAAGCUUUAGAUACAAUACAAUAUAUCUUGUAUCUCUCCAUCUAUUCAGCAAAAGACCCAAAUAAAUGGCAACUUUGAACCCAUUUGACCUUCUCGAUGACGAUGCUGAGGACCCAAGCUUGUUAAUUGCUGCUGAGCAGCAAAAACAGGUUCCUCCUCCUGCUUCUGUUCCAAAGAAGGGACCUGCUCAACAAUCUAAGCCUGCUGCUAAGCCCCUCCCUCCAUCCGAGGCUGUGAGGGAAGCCAGGAAUGAUGGCCAGCGUGGAGGAGGCCGUGGGGGUCCACGCGGAGGAUUUGGUGGCCGCGGUCGUGGCCGUGGGUUUAGCCAAUAUCCUGCUGAUGGUGAGAAUACUUUUGGCAGCAGUAAUGGGUUCUCUGGAGGGUACAAAGCUUCAGAAGAUGGAGAGUCAGGGAAGCACUCCGAAAGGAGAGUUGGAUAUGGAGGACCUCGUGGGGAGUUCCGCGGUGGCCGCCGUGGUGGUUUCAGCAACGGUGACGCUGCAGAUGGUGAACGCCCCAGGAGAGCGUUUGAGCGACGAAGUGGAACUGGACGUGGGAAUGAAUUUAAACGAGAGGGUGCUGGUCGUGGGAAUUGGGGAACUCCCGCUGAUGAGCUUGCACCGGAGAAAGAAGAGCCUGUUAAUGAGGGAGAGAAGAUUGUUGUUACCGAGAAACAAGCAGUGCAGGCAGAUGCUGAAGACGCAAGCAAGGACUCUCCUGCAGCUGAGCCACAGGAGAAGGAACCUGAGGAGAAGGAAAUGACCCUAGAAGAGUAUGAGAAGUUAUUGGAAGAGAAGAGGAAAGCUUUGUUGGCUCUAAAGCCUGAGGAAAGAAAGGUCAAUUUGGACAAAGAGCUUGAGUCCAUGCAACUUCUGUCAAACAAGAAAAGUGAUGAUGAGGUUUUCAUUAAAUUGGGUUCUGAGAAAGACAAGCGUAAGGAGGCAGUGGAAAAGGCCAAGAAGACAAAAAGCAUUAACGAGUUUCUGAAGCCUGCUGAUGGAGAAAGUUACUAUGGCCGAGGUGGCCGUGGAAGGGGGGGACGUGAUCGUGGGAGAGAUGGUUUUGUUGGUAACAACAGUGUUUCAGCACCAUCCAUUGAAGAUGUUCGCCAGUUCCCUUCUUUGGGUGCAAAGUAAGGAAGCAGAACCUACCAUCUGAGCUCGAGUCCACUUUUUGCAUCAUUUAUCAUGUUUGGGCUCAGUGAUGGCAGGAUAUCUCGAGGAAUCUUUGGCAGUUCCUGUAUUAGAAUUAUCUCAAAACCUUCAUAGUUCAUCUAAGAGUGUAAAUUUAGAUGACUUGUGAGAUUUCAUGCCCUCAAUAUUUCUGUACUUUUGACAUGCACGAAUGCCAUUUCCUUCAUAUAGGUGUUAGGGUUACUUUACAUUUUUUAUUUUAGUUAAAGUGAUCAGUUUCUGAUCUGAAGUUUAUGAUAAAACAAUUUUGUUCCUUUUGCUAGCAUUGUUUAGGUGUCAAAUAUUUAUUUUUGUUCAACCAAUAUUUCCAAGGGUUAUCUGC